AUGGUGAAUGAUACGAAAACGCCGGGAGAUGUGGCUGGUCCAUCAAAUGAGGAAAACAAACAGGAUGAGUUGGAUAUCGAGCAAAUCGAUUUGGCUGAACUGGAAAAGCGACGAGACUUUCACUUAAGGAAACUCGUCAAAGCUGAGCAACACUUCAUGAAGCUGAAGCCGAUGCUGCAAGCAGCGAGAUAUAAAGAGUUAGAGAUUCGUCGUGCAUUGGCACUCAAUCAUGAUGGGAAAGAGUUUUUGGAAAGAAAAGCCGAUCUUGAUAGAGAACAUCAACAGAAAAAAGAGCUGAUGAUGGCAAGAUAUUGCUUGGGCAUUCACCAGCUGGAGAGGAAGCGAUUGGCGAGAAAAAACCUUCGAGCAGAGCCGACAGAGGCUGAGUCAAGAGCUCGAAUCGUAGAGAGUCUCCGAGAUUCGGUGCGAGAGCGGCUUGAGUCGAUGCAGAUGGGACACGCGCAGAAAAACGCCUCGAAACACUAUAUUCAUCGGACACUGACCGAACAAACAGAAUUGGAGGAACGUGUGGCACGUCAGAAAAAGCUCAAAAUGUGGACAGAGAUGAAUCUCCGAAAACCGAUCGUGGUGACGUCGUUGGAUGCCAUUUCGUUGCAAGAGGAUCUUAAAUUGAUGGACAAAGCGCUGGCCGAUGUGGUGAAUCUCGGGAAAAAG